AUGGCUUCACGUCUGGAAACGAAGAUUCAAGACUCCUUGGCAAGGGGCGAGUACUAUGAAGCGCACCAAAUUUACCGCACCAUCUACAACCGUGAAAAUGCUGCCAAGAAGUUUGACUCUGUGUUGGCGCUGCUCGAGCGCGGGAUUAAUAAUAUGCUUGAAGUGAAACAGUUCGGCAGUGCUUUGGACUUAGCCGAGUUAUACGCCGAUACACUACAGGCGUCCAAGGCGCCACCAACGGAUGCGACAAUUGCAAAAAUUUCGAAGAUUUAUUCCCAGUUGCCCCGGAACUCAACGGAUAGCGAACGACCUUCAUCCGAGGAUCGGCGGACAAGAUUCGUGUCGAAGCUAAUCACAUGGUCUCAAAAUGUCGCGACCACGAAACGUGAGACGAAACGCGGGCUGGCAAAGCUGCAUGCUGGCUUGGCUGCUGUUUUGCGUCAUGAAAAUUCACUUGAGGAGGCGCGCAAGCACUACAUGUUGGCCGAUCAGCCACUUGAACUUGCCGAAGUGAUUGUGGAUAUGCAGCAACUGGAUGACAGCCCUCACGAAGUCGACCUUUUCCCCGCUCUCGUCGCGUUUCAGUUGAUUUGUCUGCGCCGUGUAGAAGUCGCCGGGAAGUUCUUGUCGAAUUAUUGUCGCCUUCACCCGAAGAUCGUGACUGAGGCGCAACCCUAUCCACUGCCGUUGCUCAAUUAUGUGGCUCUCCUCAUUCAAGCGAUCCCGAAGCAUAACCAAUCGCAUUUUGCUCUUCUCUUCGAAAAAUACGAGACGCAGAUCGUGCUCGAGCCGGCUUUCCGCGGUUUGAUUGACAAGAUCGGACAAAUGUAUUUUGGACUUCCGCCUCCGCGUGCUGCCGGAGCAGGAGGACUUUUUGGCAACAUGUUUCAGGGUUUGCUCGGCGGUGGCGCGAAUCAACCGAAAAAGGACGACUCCGCUUCUGAAGAUGAAUAUGCUGGCGGAGAGCCGAUGGAUGAGGAUGCCGCUACCGAAGAAGAUAAGCCGAGGAGCGCGAACCAAGCCCCGUCAUCUGCCCCACCACCUCGCGGGUCAACGAUGCAAGACAUGGAUGAACUUGAU